AACUGCCAAAGAACAGUCAGUUUUCUUCCGUGUCCUUCCCUCUCGGCUCUGCUCUCUUCACACUCACUCCAUCCUCUCUCUGCUCUUCAAACCCUAAUUCUCAUCUUACCCACAUUCUAUUUUAUCCACUCAUAAACUCUCUCUCAAUAUCAAUAACAAAAACAUGCUCUGCAUUAUAAAAUUGAACCUGAAUGAGGUCAGAAAUUGACAUUUGAAUAGCUAGACAAUAAUUGGAAAAAAAAAUGUCUGUUGCUACUAAGUUACGAACCUCUACCAAAUCUGUACCCGAACGACGAGCAAUACUGGGUCCUACAGGAAACAGAGUUAGGGUUUUGGAAGAGUGUAGAAGGAAAGAUGAACUUUUAAAGAAAUCGCAACAACAAAAGAAGCCAAAGAAACCAGCGGUUUCAGACAUGCCACAGGUGGUUGUUAAGCACAAUUUAUCUGUUGACAGCUCUUGCUCUUCUUCCUCUUCUUCUUCAAGCGGGUCUUUAAGGAAGGUAGCAAGUCCAAGACGAAAUGUGAAGCGAAGUGCUGUCAAAAUUGUUCCUGAAGGUGCUGAAUUUGCUUCCAAGCAGGAUUUACCUGUGAAGAGGUGCGAUUGGAUCACUUCCAACUCUGAUUCACUUUAUAUGUCUUUCCACGAUGAAGAAUGGGGAGUUCCAGUUCAUGAUGAUACAAAGUUGUUCGAGUUACUAGUAUUUUCACAAGCAUUAGCAGAGAUGAGCUGGCCAACAAUUCUUCACAUGAGAAACAUUUUCAGGAAGCUUUUUGACAACUUCGACCCCUCAUCUGUUGCACAGUUCACUGAGAAGAAGCUGCUGUCACUGAAAGUGAAUGGGAAUCUGUUGUUAUCAGAACCAAAGCUUCGUGCAAUAGUAGAAAAUGCUAAACUCCUACUUAAGGUCCAGCAGGAGUUUGGUUCCUUCAGUAACUAUUGCUGGCGGUUCGUGAAUAACAAGCCAUUAAGAAAUGGAUUCCGCUAUGCACGGCAAAUACCAGUCAAGACUCCGAAAGCAGAAUUCAUAAGCAAGGAUCUAAUGCAAAGAGGGUUUCGCUGUGUUGGGCCUACUGUUGUUUAUUCAUUCAUGCAGGUGGCUGGGAUUGUUAACGAUCAUCUUCUAACAUGCUUCAGAUACCAAGAAUGUAUUGCAAAUGUCAAAAAGAAAUGUGACCCAGACGUUGAAGAAUCAGAAAGAGUAACUAAGGCAUUGGAAAACACAUGCUUAUCCCAAUGACUGAGUUGCCUGAACUACAACUUUUCUGCUGACUAAUGACACCACUAAGAUUAUAGCAAGAUGAGGAGCAGAUGUUCUCAAGUAAUGACCUAGUAUUCCCUUCUUCUGUAUGUUUUAGUUGCAUACUUUAUUCCACUUGUGUAUCACUGACCUAAUCUAAUAUUAAUAUUAUGAAAAACUUUCAUUUAAUAAUGUAUUUGAUAGUAAAUUUGCACA